AUGAAUUAAGGAUUUCCUGAAAUCAGUAACAAUGAUGCAAAGGAAAGUCUAUAAAAGAUUUUUUUAAAGAUAAAGAAUAGGAGAUAUAUUCGUUCUGUUUUUAUUCUUAAUGAUCUUAGACCUAUUAUGGAUGGAUUGGACGAUUAAGAUAAGCAAAAAAUAAUUGAAUAUAUGUCGGUAGAAUUCAGAGAUGAAGAAUUUCUUAAGCAAAGUGGAUAUGUGGAACGACCAGAUAACAAAUAAUUGUAUUAUAAAGCAAGGAGAGAGAAGGAUAAAUAACUUAUAUUUUAACAACUCAGAGAUCCUCAGUUUAAUAUCGAUAAUGAAAUUCAUGAGUUGAUUUCAAAAAAUGAGUCAAUAACAUGCAGAUUAGAAGAUAAGAUCUUUGAUUUACUAGAUCUAAAUGAAUUUAGAUUAGGCAAAAUAUUCAUUCCAUAAAUUGAGCUACUUUAGAUUUUGAUUUCCUUUUUCUUCCAUCCUAUUAUAUAGGAUACACAUUAUCUUUUAGAGUAAAUUGUUGGCUCAUAAUUAACACCACAAAUAUAUUAAUUUUAAUAUUAUUUAGAAACAAUAUAAAAUUCUAAUUAGGAUUCAUAUAAACAAAUAGUCUAAACAUUAUAAAAUAGAUAACUACAUUUGAUAUCCAGAGAAAAUUUUGAAAGGGCUAUUUCAGAAAUGAAGGAUUUCAAAAUUUUUGCUAUUGUUAAUUCUCUUAUUGAAGAUCAUUAAGCCUUUCGAUAACUUUUAGUUUAAAAAUUUUGUAAUUUGCUGAAUUGUACUCAAUAAUAAUUGAAUGUUGAAUCAAUAUUAUCUCAUAUCCUAAAUAUUGAAAAUAUUAAUGAAGAGAUUGAAGUGUUGUACUUUAGUAUAAUAUUUUAUUUUUGGAUGAAAUAUCUUACUAAAUAUGAUAUAGAACAAGGGUUUUCUGACCUAAAAUCAAUCGACAUAGGGUCAGAAGAAGAUACUAUAGAGAGCAGAGAACAAACGAUGCAAGUUAUAAUUUAAGAAUAAGUUAAAUCUAAAGAUGAUUAAAUAUUACAACAUUUUGUUUAUUUAAUAUUUUACUUUUCAAAAGAAUAGAGUUUAAUCAAUUACUAGGAAUACUUAAGCUACAAGAAAUAAAGGUUAGAAUUACAAAAAAAGAUUAAUUAAAAUUCUUCUGAAUUAUCAUUUUAAAUUUUAUAAGAUCUUUCAUAGCUAUAAUAUUGUUAAUUAAUAAAUAUUUAAGGAUUGAGGGAUUAAAUCAAAUUUUUUUGGAUUACUUAAAUAAAUUCUGAACUAUUUGAAAUUAUUAAUAUCAUACUUACAUAAGAACAAACUCUAAAUUUAUUUUAAGCAACUAUCUUAUUGGAAGAAAAAUUCAAAGUAAUUAAAUCAAAAAAUAAAAAUUUGAUUAUAUAAAAUAUUUUAAUGCUAUUGCCUUAAAGCUUGUCAAAUGUUGAGAAAAAAUAAAAUAUUCUAUUAAUAACAUUAUAUUUAAAAUAGAAUUUUCUUAAUAGACAAGCUUAGGAUUUGAUUUAGGAGAUAUUCUUCAACAAUACAAAUACAAAUAAAAAUGAAAAUGAAUUCAUACAAUUUUGUGAACGUUUUUAUGAAUUGGAUGAAGAGUAAUAUCAAAUUUGGUUAGAAAGUGUUCAGUUUUUUUAAAUUUUUAAAAUAACACCUAAAUGUUUAAGACAUAAAAAAACCCAUAAACAAUUUCCAACAAAUUAAUAAAUAGCAAUAGAACAAUUCAGUUUUUCAGUUCCAGAAGACACAAAUGAUUAAUUAAAGCUAGCCAUUAGUAAUUGGGUUAAAUGUAUGAACGCAAAUACUACAUAUGAUCUAUUUUAUUAUUUUUUUGAUAGCUUAAAAAGGGGGGAAUCUGUAAAUCUUCUAGUUUAACUUAUUAAUGAAGAAAUAUUUAAUCAAUAAUCUAAAUAUGGAUUUUUCAAUAGCAAAGCUCUUUUUUAGAUUUUUUAUAAUAAUUCAAAUUAAGAAUUAAAAUUUUUGUUGCUUAAGUACUAUUCAAAGUAUUAUCCUGUGCCCUUGAUUUAUUAAGCUUCUGAAUUUCAGAGUAUAUAAAAUUUGGAAAGUCUUUAUGAAAUAAAUGACAAAUUGUAUUAUUUGAUGCAAAAAAGUAUUAAUAUAAUCAAUUUGUCGUUAAGUAAGAGUUAAAGUAAAAUUGGUAAAACUGAAUUGAUUAAUAACAUUUUCUAUAAAAUGUAAAAGUUUGAAAUCGGAGAUAAUUGUUUAAUUAAUGAAAACACAAUAGAUUUAAUGUUCGAUUUCGAAUUUAAUGGUACAAGAAAGUUUAUGAUUGCAGAUACUCAUGGAUAUAUUCCACCUGAAAUAUUAAUAAAAGUAUUACCACUCUUUCAAAUUUGUAUAAUUCAAAUAGACUCAGAAGAUGAAUUGCAAGAAAAUAUCCAAUCUAUUAAGUCCCUUGAAAUUUUUAAUUCCCACAAGAUUUGCAUUAUAAUUCGAAAUUCAAAAAAAAAUUAAAUACCCCCAUAAAUUUAGUAAGAUUUAAUCCAAUUAAAAAUCAACUUUCAUUAGGUUUCAGAUCUAUCAUAGAGAGGAAUAGAUAAAUAAUUACAGUUAAACGAAAUUGAAAGUGCCACAAAAUUUGUUUUGAAUAACAUUUUUUCAUUUUACUGUUAGCCAAAAAAGUCUUAAUAAUUAUAUUGGGAUAUUCUAUAGAAAUAUAAUAAUAAGUCAAAAGAAAUCUCUGAAGUUAUUUUCAAAAAUAAAACAAUUUUGUAAGAGAUCAAGGCAGAAUUAUAAUCAUUAAUUAAAUUACCUGAUGGAUUUUAUGCUUAAAGGGCCUUCUCAUUGCGUCACUCUCAUUAUCACAACAAAAUCUUAAAAUAAUAAAUUAAUGAAAUUUUACUAGAGCCUAAUAGUGAUCAAGCCAAAAUUAAGCAGUUAAGAGACGAUAUAGAAGAAAAUUUAAUGUUUCAAAAAUUUAGGGUUCCAUCAAAAUUACUAAAUUUAUUUUAGAAAGUCUUAAUGCAAGAUCAUAUAUAGUAUUUAUGGUUUCUUGAAUAAUUGAGGUAAUUUAAUGAGAAAAAUACAUAGAAAUUAAAUGAAAAGAAUUAAAUUCUAUUGAUGAAGAGUACUUCAUCGAUAAGAACUUCUAAUCAAAGCUAAUAACAGAUUUUGUCUUCAGAAUGUAAUUUAUAAGUAUUAGGUGUGUAAGAUUAGAUAAAACAAAUAGAAAAUGAAUUAAAAUUUAAAAAAAUUGGUAUAGAGAUAUUUUGGAGAGAACUGAUAUAAUUUGGAAGUCUAGGAAGUUAAUUAUUAGUUAAUCCUAUUGAAGCACUUUGUUAAAUUAUCAGGAAAGGGGAACCUUUUGAACUUUUGGAUGGAGAUUCUUAAACAAUUGACAAAGAAAUUUUAUUAACAAUUAUAUAAAAGCUCAAUUAAGAUAAGAAUGAAAAAGUAUUAGUGUUAAGUGUCUUAGGACCUUAAAGUUCAGGUAAAUCCACUUUAUUGAAUAAAUUAUUUGGAUGUCAUUUUUGGACAAGUGUUGGUAGAUGCACAAGAGGAGUUCAUAUGCAAUUGUUAAAAGUGAGAAAUAAAGAAAGAUUUGAAGGGUUGUUUGAUCAAAUUCUUCUUUUGGAUACUGAAGGUCUUUAAAGUCCAAAUCAAACAGAUGUUGAAUUUGAUUAAAAAAUGUCCUUGUUUGUUUUAGCAAUCAGUGAUAUCAUUUUGAUAACUGUUAAAGGCGAUCUCAAUUUAUAAUUCCAUAAUCUUAUUGAAGUGUGCAUAUUUCAAUAUAGCUAAUUAAUAUAAAAUCUUUCAGGAGUGAAACAAAUUGUAUGGUGUUUUAAUUAAAAUAACGACGUUUAAAAGAAAGGGCCCUUUUUUGAAUAAAUUUAAUAGUUGGUUAUGAGAGUUGAAUAGAGAAAUCAGCAACCAGUCUAAUUUGAAUCAGAGAAUAAAGAAUAAUAUAAUUAGUAAAUUGAUUAUGCAAGUAUCAUUGAUAUUGAUACAAAACAUAUUUGGGUUUUGGGAUUUGCUUAAAUUCAGAAUAUUUGGGAUUUUCAAAAGUGGACUUAAUCAAGCCUUAAUGAAACUUUUUCUAAAAAUGCAUAUUGUAAUGGAAUAAGGAUGCUUAAUAAUUAUGUCGAAAAAUUUUAAUUCCAGAACGAUGUUGCUUAACUUUAAACUCUCUCUUAAAUUAUAUCAGCAAUUGAUAACACUUGGAAAAAUAUUGAAAAACUACCGGACUAUUUAGAGUUUUCUGAAUUACUUCAAUAUGAUUAAAACAAAAAAAUGAAAAUCGAAUACUAAAAGAUCUUUAAAAAUAAAAGUGAUAAAUUUGAUUUCAAAAAUCAAAUUAGAAUUUAAAUUUAGUAGGCAGCUUUAAAUAGUAAACCUUCUGAAGAAUUUUUUAUUUAAUUAGAGGAAGAAUAAAUUAAAGGUACUAAUAGUAAACUCAAAGAUAUUUAAGAAUCAAUCAAUGAGGAAAUUCAAUAAUUUAAGCAAACUUAAAAGAUUUCUAAAAAUAUUUAUUUAAAAUAAUUAGAAUAGUUAGAUAGGUAAUUUUAAAAUGAAAGAUUGCUAUGUAAAUUAAUAAUUACAGAAGCAAUCCUUUCUCAAAAAAUUAAAUAUGAUUAAGAUUAUAGUGUAUAAAACUUAGAGAAGACUUUUAGAACUUCAUAUGUCAAUUAGAGAAAUGAGUAGCUGGAUUAAGAUCAAAUCUUGAAAUAAUUUUAUGAUUAGUGGAAUUAAAUUAUAUAAUAAUUUUCUAAGACUUUAAAUUCAUAAUUUGAUAAAUUUUAAACAUUGCAAUAUGAGACUAUUAAAGGAAAUUAUAAUGAAUUUAUUAUAAGAUCAACUCAUGAAUUCGAAUAUCUAAAUUUAUUAAGAUAGAUAAAUAAAACUCAAGCAGCAGAAUCUAAUUAGGAAUUUUAAUUAUUGUUUUAGAUAUAUAUUGAGGAGUUAAGGGAAAAUUAAUUUAGGCCUAUCCUUCAAACAGAUUAAGAGUUUUUUCAUAUUUAUAAUCAACCUAUCAAAGAUAAAAUUGAAUAGUUUGAGGAAAAAUAUUGUAUUAAUUUUCCCAAAUUUUAUAAAUGUUAAAUAUAAGUUGUUUAAAUAACACUAUAAUAGAUUAAAAUAUAUUUAGCAUAUCAUAUUGUAGAUGAUUUUGAAGACUUCUUGAAAGUUAAUUAAAACAAUUUGGAAGACUUCUUGCAAGAUAAUUAAAACAAUGACAUAAAUACAUAUUUUUUUAAAACCUUUUUUGAUUUCUUUCAGCUAGAAUAUGAUAAUUAAUUGAUAAGACAAGAGGUUUUUGAAAACUAAAAUGAUUAUUUUGAAGAAUUGAAAAAGAAAAUGAAAUUAGUAUAAAUACCUUAGUUUCUAGUUUAAUAAAGUAACUUUUAAAACUUUCCAAGGAAUAAUUACAAAAGAUUAAAAUUUGAAGAAUAUUAGCAAAAGUCGCUUUGCUCUUAAGUAAAAGGGAUCUUAAAAUAAUUUAAGCAAGUAGCUUACAUUAUUUCAGAAAAAAUAGAGUAUGAAUACAAUAAUAAAGAUUAUCAUUAAUAUGAGGCUUACAUAAAUAUGAAAAAAGAUCUAGAUUCAAAAUAAAUAUAUUAGAAUUUGAAAGAGUUUAGUAAAAUAUUUCCAGAUUUAAUGGAGAAAGAAAAGGGUUGGGAGAGAUUAUAUUUAGAAACUUAUAAUUUCGUUUAUGAAGAAAUGGGUGUUAAAUAGGAUAUUAAUAAAAUUAAUAAUUAAUAAGAGGUGUCUUGUUAUGAUAUGUAGAAAAUAAAUAUCGUUAUUUAGAAAUUGAAAGUAGAUCUAAUUCAAAAUAGAUUUAAUAAGUCAUUUUCAUACUUUGGAGUAUUAUUAACUAAAUUAGGAGAGAGAUGCAUAAUAUAUUUUGGUUUAUUAAUUAUUUGGAGAUUUAUAUGUUAGUCAUAAUGGUAAUCAGUAAAUAAAAUUAUAGAUUAAUUGGAUAAAAAGAAAAUAAAUCUAUUAGAGAAGUUUUUUGCCUAUCUUGAAAAAAAUGACUAUAAAUUAAGUAGGAUUUAAGCACUUGAAUUAUUUGAAACAAUAAAGUGUAAUUUUUAAUUACAAUUUUAUAAUCAAAAUACUCCUUUGAUUUUUUAAGAAAUUAAAAAUCAAAAGUGUGCCCUUGAUUAAUAGUUCAUAAUAUCAGAUAUUGUUAUUCAGAAAGAUUUUAUAAUAAAUUAUAUAAUAGAUUAAAAAAAAGUUAUAAAUAAUUAUGUAGAAAAUAAAAUAGAAGAGUUAGAAAAAAAUUUGAAGGAGGAAUAUUAAAUCAUAUUAGCUAAUCAAUAUUAAGAACUAAUUAAAAAAUUAAAGAUAAAUGCUCAAUUAUUAAUAUAAUAUAUAGUGCCUAACCUAAAUAUUGAAGAAUACUUUGAGAACACAUAAGAUGAUUUAGAAAAAAAAUUGUUUGAAAUUGUAGUUUGUUUUCUUUAGGGAGGUAAUUCUAAAGAAAAAAAUUUAAUAAAAAAUAAAUACAAAUAUAUAUUUAAUUAAUAAAAUGAAAAUUUGGAAGUGGAAAUCAAUUUGGACAAUCUAAAGAAUGCUGAAAUUAAAUUAUUAGAUAUUUUUGUUGAAUAGUUAAUUGAAAUUUUGAAUCAAGCUAUAUACAUAGAACUUAACUUUGAUGAAUUCAAAAUAAAAGAAUAAUUAUUAAAAAAAAAAAUAGAGAUGUAAGGGUGUCAAACUUCUUGCAAAUAUUGCAAUAGAAAAUGUGAUUUACAGUAGGAUCACCAAUCAGAUCACUAAUGCUAAAAUGGACAUUUUUUUAUAGGUAUAAAUGUUUUAUUUAUCUAAAGUGAAUUCAAAGUUUUAUGAAUAAUAAUAUUAAUGCAAUGAGCUUAAUUCUAAUUAAUGGCCAGUAGAAAACAUUCAAGAAAACUAAUGGGAUUUAAAGUUAAUAUAAAAUGACGAUUAAAAAAAAUUUAAAGAGAAAUUAGAUAGUAUCUGGAAAAAAUAUGGUCAGGAAAUCUGUGAUAUAUUAAAAAAACCUUACUAUAACAGAGAAUAAUUGAAAAAAGAUAAAGUUCACUAUAUUUUCAUUUUGGAUAGUUCAGAGUCUAUGUAUAAGGAUUGGACUAUAAUAAAAUAAGGAGUUAGAGGGUUCAUUAAAAAUAUCAAGGAAGAAGAUUAGAACUAUAAUAAAGAAUCUUGGAUAAGUCUCAUACUUUUUAAUAAAGAAUAAACAACACUUAAAAAUAGUAAAAGGGCUAGGGAUAUAGAAGAAAAAAUUAAAAUGAAUUUCAAAGGGGGAGGAACAAACUUUGGGAAGCCAAUUAAGAAAGCCAUAUAAAUAAUUGAAAAUGACAAUACCUCUAAUCUGUAAAAACCUAUAAAUAUCAUAGAUUCUUAUUAUUAUUCUACACUGAUGGUAAAGCUGCUAUUCCAGAACAAGAGCUUGAAAAGAUGUAGAACUUAGAGGAAACAAAACGAAACAAAAUACAAUUGAUAGCCUGUACACAAAAUGGUAACACUUAAAAUAGAGUUCUUAAUGAAAUGGUUACAUAUUUUAAUGAUUCUACCAAAUAAGCAUGCUUACUUUCUUUUUCUUCAGCAAAUGAUUUGAUUGGCUUUUGGUCUGAAGUUAUAAAAUUUAGAUUGAAGAGUUGA